GACAUGCAGGAGAGCUGCAGCCGUCCACUCUCACGCCUCAGGAGGAUGGAGGGGUUCUACCCGUAACAGAGGAGCAACAUGAGGCAGUUUGGCUGAAAGCUCUGGAAGAACUGGAACCAGAAUCACCUGCACACAAGGAAACUACGAUUGUACCUGAGCUCUCGAUUCCAGUCGACGCCGAGUUCAGGGCGCCGUGCAUUUCCCGUGAGCGUGGUCUGUAUGUGCUGGGCUGAUAGUGUGAAGCCACGUGACCGUGCCCCACUGAGGCAUGAGUGUGGGAAGGGCCCACCACCACAGCUUCGUGUCCUGUGAAGAAGAAGGCCUGAGACUGGGUACCAUGCCCGCCGUGGGCCACUUUGGCAACUGCAAGAUUCACACCAGACGCAAAUGCCAUGGGCGGUUUGUCACCAAGAGCGGCCAUUGCAACAUCCAUUCCUCAAACAUGGAUGAGAGGUCGCAGCGAUUCAUUUCGGACAUUUUCACAACUUGUGUGGACAUCCGCUGGCGGUACAUGUUCCUGCUGUUCAGCCUGGUGUUUGUGGUGUCGUGGUUAACAUUCGGCUUGGCAUUCUGGGUCAUCGGCCUCCUGCAUGGGGACAUGGACCAUCCCGCAGGGGACGACACUUUUGUUCCUUGUGUCCUGCAGGUCAACACCUUUGUGGCAGCUUUCCUGUUCUCUAUUGAGACCCAGACGACCAUUGGGUAUGGCGCUCGUUGUGUGACGGAGGAAUGCCCCGGCGCCGUCUUCAUGGUGGUCUUUCAGUCCAUCAUGGGCUGCAUCAUCGAUGCCUUCAUGAUUGGUGCUAUCAUGGCCAAGAUGGCGAGGCCAAAAAAGCGUGCCGAGACUCUACUGUUCAGCCACCACGCAGUCAUCGCUCUACGUGACGGGAAGCUGUGCCUCUUGUUUCGAGUCGCUAACCUGAGGAAGAGCCACAUCGUGGAAGCUCACGUGCGCGCCCAGCUCGUCAAGCACCGGUACACAGUGGAGGGCGAGUACAUCCCCCUGGAUCAGAUCGACAUGAACGUGGGCUACGACAAAGGCACAGACCGCCUUUUCCUGGUCGCACCCCUCACGGUCAUACAUGAGAUCGAUGAAGAAAGUCCACUUUUUGGCAUAAGUAAGCAGGAUCUGGAGACGUCUGACUUUGAGAUAGUGAUUAUACUGGAGGGGAUGGUGGAGGCCACAGCCAUGACCACGCAGGCGCGCUCCUCCUACCUGUCCUCUGAGAUUUUGUGGGGUCACCGCUUUGAGCCGGUCAUCUUCGAGGAGAAGAACCAGUACAGGAUAGAUUACGCCUACUUUAACAAAACAUUCGAAGUGCCCUCCACCCCGAGAUGCAGCGCCAAGGAAAUGGAGCAGAGGAAAUUCCCGACAUCGGGUGCCAACUCCUUCUGCUAUGAGAACGAGCUGGCCUUCAUCGGCAGGGAUGAGGAGGACGAGGGAGAAGUAGAGAAAGAGGAAGUCAGGAAGUAUUCAUCAGAACUGGUGAAUGAGUCGAUCUCUAGCAUAGGUGAGCAAAUGUCCUCUGUUCGAGAAUCAGAGAUUUAACCGUGGGCUGUUGCUUGUUGUGCUUGUUUCUGAAUGCAGGGUAAUGCAGUUGUCAUGUGAAGAGCCCUUUGACUGUCACUCUGCUGACAUGAGGACACCACGGAAGACUUUACUGCUGCAGGUGGAGGAGCAGCAGAACCAAUCUCCAUCAUACAAGCAAGAGGAGAAACCCAUCACUGGAGGAGAUGAGAGUUUGACUUCCCUGACAUGGAUAUUGAGCUUCAUCGAAUGCAAACAAAAACUGUUUCACUUUGCAGAUCCUUAAAAAUCAAAUGCAUGACAAUAGCAUAGUUUUGUAUGAAUAUUUUUGGACCGGUGGUGUUGACACAUACACGACCCACAGUGUGGAGUGAAACUGACCCUUCACAGAUGACAUCGGGAAUAUUCCUCCAGGUCGACAGUGGAUUUAAUCUUAGUGAUAUAACAAUAAGACUAAGUAUUCUGCAUCAUACAAUGUCAGGCGAUAGCCGGUGUACAACAAUAUGGAUUACAUGUUAUUAUGAUAGAUACAUGAAAAGGUAUAAGAAUCCAUUAUAAAACACAUGUAUUCAAAUGGAAUUAUACGAGCAAGUCUUUAUAGUCGUGAACACAUACACUUUGCUUUCAGGUGGUUGAGAUGGAUGCGUUACUGCCGGCGUCUAGAAGCAGGAGAAGUUAAAACACGUUGACAGAAAUGCAGAGCAGUUGAGAAUAUCAACAUUUUCCAGAGAAGGCCUGAUGGAAAAUUCCAAACUGUCCAGUAUUUCAACUCAUCAUCCAACGAUGCCAUUUUCUGAAAAUGUCCACACACACGUUGGUCCGAGGUUGUGAUCAUAUCGACUCCUCUCAAGGUCAUUACUGUCGGUAAAGAGAGAGAUAAUAAU